GAAAGCGUUAUCGAUUUGUUGCAAAGGCAGAAGGCAGAGCUACAGGAACUCUUGCGUGACAUGUCUGACUCCUGGCGGACUGAAUCUGCCAGACAACACCAGGAGACCCUUGGUGCAGUCCGAGCUACAGCGAAUGAACAAGUUCCCUUUAAUGUCCAAGGCUACCUCGAUGACUUCAGCAAAGCACUCUCGGCGGAAGUUCGCAUGUUACUGAAGGAGGUUGGCAAACUUCGCGAGGAGAAACGUGCCCUCCAACAUGAGCUUGGGAUGUUGUUGUGUAUGAAAAGCAAGUAUAGUCCAGGCGGAGAAUUCGAACCAGAUUGGUGGGUUACCACACUAGCUACGGUAUCGUCUAUGGUCCAAAUGAUUCGUUCCGUAGGAAACCACCAGGAGGAGCCACUUGUGGGGAGCCACAAGCCCCUCAGCAGCAAGAGACUACAAUUUUAG